AUGUCUAGAAGUGUGUGGACUCAAUCAGAAGAUCUUUGUUUGUCGAGGUGUUGGAUGUUGAGGAGACCGGACCCUGUUACGGGUAGGUGUGAAAUGAAUAAUCCCGGUAUAUCCUUUUGGGACGACGUUACUGCAAUGUUCAACACGGAGACCACUAGAGGACCACGAAGCAAGGCUCAACUGCAAGGUCACUUAAACAGGAUUCGGAAGGAAUGCAAACAGUUUGAGGCAAUUUGCUCACAGUUGAAUUCACAGGAGAGGGGCGGCGAUGAUGAGCAAUAUUAUGCAACAGCGCAUCAGAUAUAUCGGGAAAAGCAUGGGAGGGGCUUCAGAUACGAGCACUGCUUCAGGCAACUUAUCUUUGUUUCUUUUUAA